AUGCUGUCUCUCCUCCCAAUCUGGCUUCCAGCCGUCGUCGUAGUCGGCGUGCUCUACUCUUGGUUUCGGUCGUGGUAUCGCCUUCGCGACUUCAAGGGGCCCUGGCUGGCCGGCUUGAGCGAGGCAUGGCUAUUUGGCGUGACGACCACGGGCGAGCUGCACAUGCGGCUGUACGAGGCGAGCCAGAAAUACGGCGACGACUUCGUCCGGAUCGGACCGAACUGGCUCAUGACGAGUGACCCCGACGUCAUCCGCCAUAUGAACGCCGCCAAGUACAAGCAUCAGAAGUCAAGCUGGUAUGAGGCUCUGAAAGUCGACCCUUACGUGCACAGCGUCUUUUCGGAGACCAGUGUGACCAAGCACGACCAGCUGCGGGUUAAGAUGGCCUCGGGCUACUCCCUCAAGGAGAACCGGGAUCUCGGCGUCAAGAUCGACGCUGAAAUCGCCUCGCUGGUCGACCUGCUCGAGCGUAAGUACGUCUCGACGGCGGACGACGUGCGCCCGCUCGACAUGGCUGGGGCGGCGCAGUUCUGGUCGCUGGACGUCAUCACGUCCAUCGCGCUCGGCGAGCCGUUUGGCUACCUGACCGAAGACAAGGACAUGUACGACUUCAUCAAGAUCAUCCAGGGCGAGCUCCCGUUGGCCACCCUGUGUUCCUCUACGCCUACGCUGGGAAAUUUGGUGUUUGGCUCCGGCUUGGUCAAGCUAAUCGGGCCGAGCCCCAAGGACGAGAAGGGCCGGGGUAAACUUAUGGGAAUCGCGAAGAGGGUGGUCGGCGACCGCUAUGGUGCAAACAAGGUCGUACGCGACGACAUGCUGGGAACGUUUGUUCGAAACGGGCUCGAUAAACGCCAGGCCGAGUCGGAGAUCCUUACAACCAUUCUCGCUGGGUCCGACACGACGGCUACGGCCGUGCGUGCGACCAUGCUGUACAUCAUGACCAACCCACGCGUGUACAACAAACUGGUCGAGGAGAUCGCGGCAGCCGAGCGCAACGGGUCCAUCUCGUCGCCCAUCACAUCCGCCGAGUCGCGGCAGAUGCCGUACGUGCAGGCCGUCAUCAAAGAGGGCCUGCGGAUCCAUCCGCCCAUCACGGGUCUCCUGACCAAAUUGGUCAACCCGGGCGGCGAGACCAUCAAGGGCCGGUUCAUCCCGGGCGGGACGGGCAUUGGGCAGUGCGGAUGGGGCAUCCAGCGGCACCCGAUCUUCGGGGAGGAUGUCGACGUCUUCCGCCCCGAGCGGUGGAUCGAGGCGUCGGAAGCCCAGCGAAGCGAGAUGGAGAAGACCAUGGAGUUGGUGUUUGGCACCGGGCGAUGGGGGUGCUUGGGCAAAACUAUCGUGCUGGUCGAGUUGGACAAGAUCUUUGUUGAGCUUCUGCGGAAAUUUGACUUUGAGCUCAUGUACCCCGGGUCUGCAUGGAAAACUCGCAACUUUACCCUUUUUAUGCAGAAGGAGAUGUGGGUGCGCGUCACUAAGCGUGAAGUUGCCUCUUCCUGA